UUCGUGCUUGCAGACAACCACGAGGAGACGGCGACGCUGCUAGCUGAGCUAGCUCUGCAGGAACACAGGAAGCAUAUGUCCAUCACCGUGCCAACCAACGUGCCGCAGCCGAUGCAGGCCACACUCAAGUUCUACCUCAGUCUGCCAAAGGUGAGUUGCACGGCGGCUCUGUACAUGUGCCACAACUACGGCAGCGUGGGCGAGUGCAUCGCCUCCUCCGUCACAACUCUGCAGCGCAAAGCCAAGAUGGCCGAGUGGCGCGCGAGGGAGGUGCACGCGUACCUGCGACGCGACUUCUGCGCGGAGAUGACGCCCCAGAAGUGAUGACGUCACCGCGCGCCGACGCAGAAUCGAAUUUGUCUCCGCCCGAGAAAGAUGAAUCGCUUCUUACUUGGAUGGAUGUUGUCGCGAAGUGUGCGACAAGCACACAGUUCCUUCCGCGCUUUCCGCGCAUUCCGAAGCGUCGAAUUUGCGCGCACCGUCGUUCGUCGAUACUUCGUUGCUCGGCAUUGUUUUUAGAACGUCGUGUCACGUCGCUGGUUGGUUAGAGUCGUCUGCAAAUUGCGCCGAGCGGAAUUUAUCGUAACUCACGCUGGACAGCAUUUAUGAAUGCGUGUGUCUUGAGGGAACUACUCCUCACUAGUCUGUGAGUUGCUGAUGCGUUUACGUUUGUGGAGUUUAUAGGGGAGUUAAAGCUAGAUGCUCAAGUGGAGGGUUGGGAUGAGAAAACAUUGUUAUUAUCAGAGAACAAAGAGAGAGAGAGAGAGAAAGCGAGAGAGAGUCGCGCGCCGAGAGAAGGAGAAAGAAGAGAAGA